AUGGCGCUCUCUCGGUCAGGAAAGAUUGUUAUCAUGCUAGUGCUGAACAUUGUAAUGUUUCUAGCAGAGAUCAUUGUCGGCUACAUGACGGGCUCCCUGGCGCUGAUCGCCGAUGCCUUCCAUAUGUUGUCCGAUGUCCUCUCUCAAAUCAUCGCCCUCUAUGCCAUUCGUCUGGCAGCAAAGACAAAGUGGCAGCCAACAUUGUCGUACGGAUGGCAGCGAGCAGAGUUGUUGGGAGCACUGUACAACGGAGUCUUCCUUCUCGCCCUUUGCCUCACCAUUCUCCUGGAUGCCAUCCAACGGUUCUUCAAGGCCGAAGUCAUUGAGGAUCCAAAGUUGGUGUUGAUUGUCGGCGGUAUUGGCUUGUUGUGCAACCUCCUCGGCUUGGUCCUGUUUCACGAUCAUGCUGGCCAUGGGCACAGCCAUGGUGGUCAUAGCCACAGUCAUAGCCAUAGUCACAGCCACUCACACGAGAAAUCUCAUUCCGAGAAACCAAAGGGCACGACCCAGACCUCCGUCUCUUCCCCGGUCUCGUCUUCCUCGGAUAGUCCCAACUCUGAUGACAGCACAGCAAAACCUUCACUCCGCUAUGAAUCAUCGCUUGACAGGAUCUCGCCUUUGAGUCAGACCAGUCUCCACAACCUUCAACAGGCUGCCUUGGAUGUCCAGAGACAGAUGGAGAAUGAGGAACGCCACCAACAGCAGGAGCAGGGAUCGAGGAACGACAAGAGUGAGGUCGAUGAAACCGUUGUGGAUGUCGACCAUUCCCAACAGCACACGCAUGGCGACAACCACAACCAUGACGACCAUGACCAUAACCACGACCACGACCAUGACCAUGAUCACAGCCAAGACGACAAGAAGAUCAAGAAGCCCACCGGCGUGGAUCUCAACAUGCGCGGUGUCUUCUUGCACGUCCUAGGAGAUGCUUUGGGCUCUGUUGGCGUCAUCUUUUCCGCGCUUUUCAUCUGGUUGACGGACUUUUCAUGGAAGCAGUACAUGGAUCCUAUCGUUAGGUAA